AUGGGGUGGGGGGUGACGGAGGAGCAACGACGUACGGGAGUUUGUGGGGUUGGUGGUUGGGUGCAAUGGAAUGGUCUCUGUGCUGGAAGAGAGGGGAACAGAUGGCUAGGGUUGGGUUUGAUUUGUGUAAAAGAGAUCUUGAUUGAGGAAUCAAAUGUGCAGCCUGUCAAUAGUCCUGUUACAGUGUGUGGUGACAUCCAUGGCCAAUUCCAUGACCUGAUGAAACUGUUCCAGACUGGAGGUCAUGUUCCAGAGACAAAUUAUAUUUUUAUGGGAGAUUUUGUUGAUCGUGGAGAUGGGAGCCUUGACCCUGUUUCCAUUCAAAAGGUGAAAGAGAAGGUCAGCCGGGCUGAAGAGUAA